AUGGAUGUCGGGCUGCACCACAUAUAUAUUCUGUGUAUAGCAUACUUUCCGGCGCUCGCGCUCCUAAACGAAACGCCGCCGUGCCGGCUUCGACCUUCAUUGAAAGACAAAAUCAUUCUAAGGUCAUGGACAUUCAUUCGGUCCGGGGUUGCCACACGAAAACCCGCCCCAGACGAUGGCGAUGACGGUAUUCGAUCUCGUAAACGGCGCCCCUCUUACUCACAGGACGACCGGGAGUACUACAGUAUUAACGACGACGACCCGAUGGACGAGUGCAACGCCGCCCUGGUACUUAUGAGUCUGUCCACGUCGCCCAAAUCUUCGGUAACCGGCUGGGAAAACGUCCUCGGAACCAGUUCCGGCAGUAGCAGUACCUCAUGGAGCACAGGCUCGACCACGCCUCCGCUCAGCGAAGAUGGACAUUCCACACCACCAAACACCAACAACAACAACAAUAAUAACAACAACACAACAAGCAACAACAAUAACAACAACAGCAAUAGUACUACAGGAACUGCAGUGGCCGUUAAGAUAGAACCAGGAACAGCAACAGCUCCAGCUAACACAACAACCAACAGCAGCGGCGGUACCACCAACGAAAUUGUGAUUCGCGGCGCCCGGACAACCUCUCUGUCGAACUCGGACGAAGGCAUUGGAAUGGACUACAACGAGGACAUGCCAAGGAAGCGAAGGCAAACAAAGCAACCGCUGCUGACAGUCUCGCAAUUCCCAUUCGUUGCAUCAUCACCAAUAGCGACGACGACGCUGCACUAUAUUGCAAUCAUCGUCAUUCUGCAGCCCGAUGAUGAGAGUGUGGCAGCCAGAGCAUGCUUGGAUUGA